AUGAAGUUCUCUGAGAUGAAACUCCAUGCCAUGAAUGCUGUGAAAGCGUACUUCAAAAGGGACUGGGAAAGAAAAGACCUAACGAAUCAAGGGGAAAUUCCACUAUACGCUUACAAAUGCUUGAAGAAGUCACUCGAUAACUGUUUGGAUAAAAAUGUUGAAUUACGAAAAGAUGUUGUAAUUCCAGAAAUUUUGUCAAAGAUUUUUCGUUAUUAUGAUCUUGUGUAUCUUACCCUAUUCUGUGCCCUAUUGAGCUCUACUGUUGGAUCCUUCUUUCAUUUAAUCUGGAAAGCGGGGGGCUUCUUCACUGUCUUAACUUUUGCUAUGAGUAUUCUCUUCCUUUUCUCUACACCACCAUUACUAGUGAGGCGGAGAGUGUUUUUCUUGAUGGCUGCAGCAUUUUGCUUUGGAGCUUCUGUUGGCCUUUUAACCGAAUAUCUCUUCGGCAUUGAUCAAGGCUUUGUUUUCAGCUUUCUGACAGCAACAACAAUAGGCUUUGGCACUUUCUGGUGGGGAGCCAUGAACACACGGCAAAGGAGGCUGUAUAACCGUUGCCUGCUUAUCUCUGAUAUCCUAAUUUUCAUCUGGCUUCAAAUUGCUUCUGCCUUCUUUGGCGGCCACACUGCUCGUUGGAAGCUUCUGGUAUGGGUUGUGCUUGGAUGGUACAUGGGGUACAAUCUUGUAUAUAGCAAAGAGGUGGUAUAUGAUGCUCGUUUUGGAGAUAUUGACCCUGUAAACCGCACAUUCACCCACUUGUUCCGUUUACCAGCUAUAAUUGUCCAUUUCACCCGGCUAAGCGUGCGUGCAGCAAUUCAGCGCUACAAACAGAAUUAA